AGGCCAGAAAGGGCCCACCAGCUGGUGAGCAGGAGCUGGUCUGCAGGCUGACAACGGCACAGGAGCCAGCCACCCCUGUCACAGGCAGCUGUCUACAGCAGGGGUCCUCACUCUUUGGGGUCCUGACUUUCUUCUCCCACUGCUUGGUCAUCCUUCUACAACACAGUGACAUUGCCAUGCUCGUGUCUUAACAUCUUUCCCUUUGGGAGGUGAUCUCACGUCACACGGACAAAGACUUCAUGUAGCCUAUAGAGUAGUGUCCACAGUCAGAUGCAGAGAGGGCAGAUGCAACCUAGAUGUGAUAGAAGGUGAACACACAAGGAAGGUAGACUGGCAGGUGUGGUGAAUCUUCCGUGACCACCAGGCGCUCACCUCCCCAUCCAGGGAAAACUGCCUUUUGUCCGACAGGACCUCAUAUUAUGCUUUGAUGGAAAUGCUGUAAGCUUUACCUCCGAUGGGAAGAAAAUGAGAGCAGCUUUUCCCGAAGCUGUUUUGGUUUUUCAUCCACAGGGAACAAUGAGUGGGCAGGAAGAGCCUGUGGAGGGUUGUGUCUUUAGGUCUCCAGGUCUCAGUCCAGCCUUAGUGAAAGUGUCAUUUGGUUUUAGUGGUAAUUGGAGUAUUCUAUGGCUCUAAGAGUUCCUGCUUUCUUUUUAAAUUCAGUUUGCCAGUCCCCAUUCAACUGCUGGCUUAGUUGUCUUUCCCUUGAGUCUUUCUUUCAUAAUGAUUAGUCAAGAUAAGAAUGUUUGAUCCCAAAAUGAUUCACCUUACCUGUCCAAGGGCAGUUUGAUGUUUUGCAUAGUUAGAAUCAUUUUUAUCUUCAUUUCUCACCCUGCCUCUAGGUGAGGCACAUCUGUUCAUUUGCUUUUUUAUGCAAUAUUUGACACAUUCUAAAGAUUAUGUUCAUUUUAUAUACCUACUUUGUGCCAGGCAAUAUCCUAGGUACCAGCGAGAUAACCGAACAAAAGGAUUCUUAUACCUAUGAAGUGUACAUUCUGGUGGAAUAUUUACAUACUUUUUCUAUAUAAAUUAGAAACAUAAUAGAAUGUAAACUUUUUUUUUUUUUUUUUUUUUUUUUGCCUUGUUGCAUCUGAGAGAGCAAGAUGGGUCACCAACAGCUCUACCAGAGCCAUCUGAGGAAAGAGGAAAUUUGGCCAGGGUUCUCACCUUGCCGCAUCUGCUCACACCAGUACUGUGUGAUCUGGCAAUAUGGCCUCAGUAUGUGCUGCCAGUGUUUCCAUCAGUUCUCAAAGGAUAUAGGCUACAUUAAGUUGGACUAAGUGAAUCUCCUUGAAUGGGUCAUCCAAGAUACCUACCUACCUUAAUGCCAACUCAUUGUACAUAAAAUAAAAAUACUUCAAUUAUGAAAAACAACACAUUGGAGAAACCACUCUUUCUCUAAAAACAAAACGGGGGCACUGGCUGGCUCAGAGCCUAGGACUCUUGAUCUCAAGGUUGUAAAUUUGAGCCCCAUAUUGGGUGUAGAUUACUUUAAAAAAAUAAAUUCUUUAAAAACACAAAACGGUACUCAGUGGUGCUCUUCAUCUACUUCACGUAUGUUAAAGAAGUGAGAAAACCAGGGUGCCUGGUGGCUCAGUCCAUUGAGCGUCCAACUUGAUUUCGGCUCAGGACAUGAUCCCAGGGUCAUGGAAUUGAACCCUGUGUUGGGCUCUGUGCUGAGUGUGGAGCCUGCUGAAGAUUCUCUUUCCCUUCUACUCUCUCUAAAAUAAAAGUUAAACCACGGUUCUGAGUUGUGUUCAUCGUUCCUUUACAUUUGUAUGUGUUUGACCAUAUAUAUCUCUUCAUGCAUUGUUUACUUCACUAGUACUUGAAUUUUAUGAAAAUAAGACACUCAUCUGUGGCUUGCUUUUUCACUGUUGAUUUCCCUCAUUCAUCCAUUCAUUCUCGGCGCUGCACAGUAUAUGCAUCUACCACAAUUUUAUUUACCCAGUCACAUGAAGACAUUGUUUCAUUUUAUGCUAUUAGGAACAAUGCUGUUUUGAACCUUCUGUUUCCACACAGUGUUACUCUUAUGCUCUAGCCUCUAGUGUCUUUUAGAAUAGAAUCGCAGGGUAGAAAGUGCAAAAUACUUGCUUUUGAAAGUUGCUUUUGAAAGUAGUUGUACAAACUUGGACUUACUUGUAUCUUUGUCAGAGGUUGUAUUGGCAGAGUUUAAAAAAUAUUUUGCCUUUCUGCUGUGUACACCUCCAUGGUCUUCAUUUAUGUUUUCCUGCUAAUGAGACAGAGCAUUUUUGUUGUUCUCUGUAUCAUUUUUAACUCGUUUAUUUUUAUGUUUUAAAGUUACAGCAAAAUUCUAGUAAAUUUAGUUUCAUUUCCUUUACUAUUUUGUUUUUUUUUCUGAACAGUUUGAGAGGAAGUUAGAGACAUCAUGGCCCUUUCACCUAAAUGCCUCAGUAUGCAUUUCCGAAGAAUAUUCAAUAACCGGGGUGCCUGGCUGGGUCAGUCAGUAGAACUCGUGACUCAAUCUCAUGGUCAUGAGAUCAAGCCCAACAAUGGGCACAGAGCAUACUUAAAGAUCAUAAUUUAGGGGAUCAUGGGUGGCUCAGUCAGUUGAACAUCCGACUUUGUCUCAGGUCAUGAUCUCACAGUAUGUGAGUUAGAGCCCUGCACUGGGCUCGCUGCAUCAGCGUGGAGUCUGCUUGGGAUCCUCUGUCCCCUUUCUCUCUGACCGUCUCUAGCUCAUGCAC